UACCGGAAAUGUCUAAGCAUCCAUUCGGCAGGAGGGUUGCAACGUGGCUAGCUCAAAGUUUGUCUUAUAAAAAAACAGCUUUGACGUUUUAUACACUCAUCUACUGAUGGACUGUUAGCUGUGAUUAUCUACUUCACAGAAAGAACGAAAAGGUUCACAAUACUGUCCUAACAAGAUGGCUGACUCUGAUGGAUUGCCAGGCACUCAACCUCAACAAAAUCCUGUUCGCCAGUUCUUCAGACGGAUAGGAACGGUUUAUCAGAGUAACUUGGAUAGAACUACACCACAUACAAGCAUACGAUGGAUUUCAACAACUGUUCUGUCUGUUGCGUAUUGUGUUAGGGUGGUAUUACUUCAGGGCUGGUAUAUAGUAACAUAUGCACUAGGGAUUUAUUUACUGAAUAUGUUUCUGGCCUUUCUCACCCCCCAAGUUGAUCCAGCAUUGGUUGAAGAUGAUGCAGAAGAUGGUCCAUCUCUUCCUACCAGAGCUAAUGAAGAAUUCAAACCAUUUAUGCGUAGAUUACCAGAAUUCAAAUUUUGGUACUCUGCUACCAAAGCUAUUUCUAUAGCGAUGUUUUGCACAUUUUUUGAAGCAUUCAAUAUUCCAGUGUUUUGGCCCAUACUUGUGAUGUAUUUUAUAAUUCUGUUUGUCAUAACAAUGAAAAGGCAGAUAAAACAUAUGAUUAAAUACAGAUACAUACCAUUUUCUCAUGGAAAGAAGAAAUAUCAAGGAAAAGAAGACAGUGGGAAGGUUGUGUCUUCUUAAGGACAAUUAUGUUGUAAACUGCAGUUCAAACAGAAACAGUAAUAGUUAAGAGAGUGUUACAGGAGCCAGUGGUAGGAAAUCAUAAUAUAAACCUGAAUAAAUGGAAGCACAAGGCAACUAUUUUAUCUUAUAAAGCAAACAAAAAAUUCAAAAUGCUGUAAAUACAUGAAAUGAAGAUGUAUAUCAGUAUGUAAAAUAACAGAUCUUUACUGUGUAGUAAUAAAUAAUACUUUGUAUUAAUACAGACUGUAUGUGUGCAUUGUAAUACAGACUAUAUGUGCAUUUUAAUACAGACUGUAUGUGUGUAUAGUAAUACAGACUGUAUGUGUGUAUAGUAAUGCAGACUGUAUGUGUGCAUUGUAAUACAGACUGUAUGUGUGUAUAGUAAUACAGACUAUAUGUGUAUAGUAAUACAGACUGUAUGUGUGCAUUGUAAUACAGACUGUAUGUGUGUAUAGUAAU